GGUAGGUCCGGUUGUCAGGUGCUCCGGUUCUUAUGAAAUAUUUCGGCUUAAUGACAUGAAAUUGUUCUUAUAAAUUGCUCGUACAGUGUUUGUUAUAAGCAAUGCGCUAUUUUGAUUUGUAUUUUUUGUCUAAUCUUUCUGGCCUUUGAUUCUGGAUUUUCAACCCGUUUCCGGCGCAGCUGCCACGUGUCUUUAUUCAUUAUCAUUCGUGCCAGGUGCUUUUUUAGCCAUUUUGAUUUUUGGAUUAAGCAUCAUUCAAGAUUGUGUUAGGUUAGGUUGCGUUUGCCGUUUGGUUGAUUGUUCAAACAAGUGUCGCACCGCAAAUUCGAAGCGCCCCGCCAUGGCUCGAUGGGGUUCUACCCCAAGAAGCGGGCAAGGCGCCACCGCGGCCGCGUCAAGACUUUCCCCAAGAAUGACAAGAACAAGCCGUGCCAUCUGACUGCCUUCAUCGGCUACAAGGCGGGCAUGACUCACAUUGUGAGGGAGGCCGACCGUCCCGGAUCCAAGCUGAACAAGAAGGAGAUCGUCGAGCCGGUGACGAUCAUCGAGACGCCUCCGAUGGUGAUUGUUGGCAUCGUCGGCUACGUCGAGACGCCCAAGGGUCUGCGCGCCUUCAAGACGCUGUUCGCCGAGCACCUCAGCGAAGAGUGCCGCCGCCGCUUCUACAAGAACUGGGGUGCCUCCAAGAAGAAGGCGUUCACCAAGGCCUCUAAGAAGUGGUCGGAUGAGGCCGGCAAGAAGGAGAUUGCCCGCGAGCUGCAGAAGAUAAAGAAGUACUGCAGUGUGGUCCGCGUCAUCGCGCACACCCAGAUGAAGCUGCUGCGCAUGCGCCAGAAGAAGGCUCACCUGAUGGAGAUCCAGGUGAACGGCGGCACCGUCUCUGAUCAGGUGGAUUGGGCGCGUGAGAAGCUCGAGUCCCAGGUGCCCGUCGGCAGUGUGUUUGCGCCCGAUGAGAUGAUUGACAUCAUCGGAGUCACCAAGGGACGCGGAUUCAAGGGCGUGACCAGCCGUUGGCACACGAAGAAACUGCCUCGCAAGACGCACAAGGGUCUGCGUAAGGUGGCCUGUAUCGGCGCGUGGCAUCCCAGCCGCGUCCGUUUCACCGUGGCGCGCGCCGGUCAGAAGGGCUACCAUCACCGGACGGAGAUCAACAAGAAGAUCUACCGCAUGGGCGCCGGCAUCCACACAAAGGAUGGACUGGUCGUGAAGAACAACGCCAGCACAGAUUACGAUCUGACGGACAAGUCCAUCACCCCCCUGGGUGGCUUCGUCCGCUACGGAGAGGUCAACAACGACUUCAUCAUGAUCAAGGGCUGCUGCAUUGGACCCAAGAAACGCGUCCUCACCCUGCGCAAGUCUCUGAUCACGCACACGAGCCGCGUGGCGUCUGAGAAGAUCGAGCUGAAAUGGAUCGACACGUCGUCCAAGUUUGGUCACGGCCGUUUCCAGACGGCCGCGGAGAAGGCCGCCUUCCUCGGACCGCUCAAGAAGGACAUCCUUCGCAGGAAGGAGAAGGAGGCGGCUGCCGCCGGCAAGGCCUGAACCAGGCGCGCGGGCCUUCCGACUGCCACUUCUUCAACUGGUAUCUGCUGAUGUUAUCAAUAUAUUGGCGGAACGAGAA